AUGUUUGUAGAUGAAGAAGGACGCGUCGGGUUGAGGAUUCAUGCGAAGCCAGGAGCAAAGAAGAGCUCUGUUGUAGCGAUUAACGAUGAAGACAUCGACGUGGCGAUUGGCGCGGCGCCCCGCGAAGGUGCCGCCAAUGAAGAGCUUAUCUCGUACCUGAUGAGCGUUUUAUCUGUUCGUAAGAACGAAAUUCAAUUUGAUAAGGGCGCAAAAUCGCGUUCGAAAAUCGUGUUGAUCUCGACGACACGGCUCAAUUUCGAUGAGAUUUUGAACAAAUUAAAGGCUGAAAUCGGCAAUUAA